ACAGAGUGGCUGAAGAUGCCCACAGGAGUGUUGGCCUCUGCUACUGGGUCACAUAAAUGAUCAGUUUCUCCGACUUCCAAGUGCCACAGACGGCUCCUCUGAACCGAGUAGCGGUAUUAAAUGCUGAGUUCAUUUAAUGCAAACUGGAAAAAAAAAAAUCUAAAGCUAUAUCCAAAGUGGCUCAGGCGAACUUUUAAGCAGGCGCCGUAUCUGGACACAUUCCAGCUGGUGACAAAGUUCUGAAGAAGUUACUGAGGGGAUAGUUUCCUCUGUCUGAAAUGGACCCGGAACACGGAGGUUCUGGGGAUCAGCUCCUCCAUCUGGACGUUGCCGUUGACGAGCGUGAACCCCGGAGAGGAAUCUUGGACCUUCUGAGCAAACUCCGUCCGGAGUGGAAGACACAGCACAUUCAGAUGAAGACGUUUACAGAAGGCAUUACCAACCAGCUGAUUGGCUGCUACGUGGGCUCUCUCCAGGACCCCGGUUGUGUUCUGGUGCGACUUUACGGCAGAAUGACGGAGCUCUACGUGAAUCGCGAUCGAGAGGUGGAGAUGUUCCAGGUCUUCCACGCGCAAGGCUGCGGGCCCAAGAUCUACUGCAGCUUCCAGAACGGCAUCUGUUACGAGUUUGUCCGAGGAAAUGUGCUGGAGGACGAGCUGCUGCGACAGCCGUCCAUCUACAGAUUGAUUGCAGCCGAGAUGGGAAAAAUCCACUCGAUCCAGCCAAAACGUGGCCAGACGACAGAACCUCAGCUCUGGGCGAAGAUGUCUCAUUUUCUGACCCUGGUGAAGAGCAGCGUCACCAGGAAUCCAGCUGAGCAGGCGUGCACUAAAAGCGCCUUGCCUCUUCGAGAGGUGCCGAGCUACGAGGUUCUGUUGGAGGAGAUGGAGUCGCUGAAGAGACACCUGUCCCAGACGGACUCGCCCACCGUCCUCUGCCACAACGACCUUCUCACAAAGAACAUCAUCUACAACUGUCAAGAAGGGUCGGUGAAAUUCAUCGACUACGAGUACGCCGACUACAACUACCAGGCUUUCGACAUCGGGAAUCACUUCAAUGAGUUUGCUGGUGUGACUGACGUCGACUACAGCCUGUACCCGAGCCGGGAGCUGCAGAGGGACUGGCUUUCCGUCUACCUGGAGAGCUACAAACGCAGUGCGGGCCGCAACGUCACGGUUACCGACGAAGAAGUCACGAAGCUCUACGUUCAAGUCUGCAAAUUCUCUCUUGCAUCCAACUUCUUCUGGGGUCUCUGGGCCAUCCUGCAGUCCCGAUACUCCUCUAUCGACUUUGACUUCCAAAGGUACGCCAUCGCUCGACUCAGCUACUACUUUGAGAAGAAAGAAGAAUACUUCGAAUUGACACUGAGCCAGUUAACCAACUAGACUAUUGAAUUAAACCUUGAAGCGACCUCAUCCGCUGUCAUAUUUAUCCUUUAUUUCAUUUUUUUACAGGCUACGACACUCUAAAAACCUGUUGCUGAAACGUAAACGUAAGGAGCCAGCCUGUAAAAGUGUUUCCUUUUGUUUGUUAUUUCAGUCCAUAGGGAGAUUUAAUGUGUUUUGCUAUCGCCGUGAUUUAUUGAAUAUUUAUUUUACCACAGUCACUAUGCCGGUAAGCCUGUUUGGCAAAUUGAAACAAAGCUCGUGCCAGAAAAGCAUUAAUUGUUCCCACAGCCAAGUUGCAUGAAGCCACAAAAACUGAGCCUGAUCAUAAAAGCCAUAAGAGGGUUAUUUGUGGGCUUAUUGAGCGUGUACCACAGUCCUGAUGGAAAACAAGUUUUCAUGUCAGCUUAGUCAAAGUUGGAAGUUAUUGGGAAAUCUUUCCGUUUCCUCAGAGCACGCUGUGAAGCAGCUGUCGGCAUCUUUUCCAGAGUUUCCCAGCAUUCGGUAGCGAAAUGUGUGGAGCAUUGUUAAAGCGUUCAAAUUGUCUUAACUCCCAGCUUAACCUGCUGCAGCAUAACAAGCUGCUAAUAUACCAGAAGGUAAACAAAUCUGAUACGAACCGAGCGCUUGAAAUUCUUGUGAAACACUGAACGACAUGAC